GAGGUCAGGUCACGGGUCUUCAGAGUUAAGACAGAGAAGGGUGUCUUCCACCAUUAGUCAAGCAUCUAGACGAUCAAGUUCUACUUGGACGGCGACCGAAUGUCCACUGUCACGAACGUGCUCGAUCCGUCAAUUUUCUUCAAGAGCUUAGCCUCCAAUUCGUCAAGAAUCCAAGAUCAGCUGCUUGAGAAUUGCUCGCUUGCUAGUCCAUCCUGGCUGCAGGUCUGCAGUGUAUAAAAGCUCCUGCUGCUACCUCGUCAAGAAGCUAGGCCAGUUCAGGAAGAACACAAUCAGGUAGCAGCAACCGAUCAGUGGCCAUGGCGGCUACGAGUGCUGCCAAGAGCCUGCUGCUCUGCUUGACAGCAUUCGCCUUUCUUCACCACCUCCAGUUUCAGUACCCUGCUGUAGCUGCAACAUCGCUCAGCAAAAAUGGGAGCAGGGACGGCGGCCACGGGAGGACCUUCAGCCUCACGCUGUACCAGCAGGAGACCAUCAACAAGACCGCGUACAUCAUCGUCGACGGCGUGGCCGGCGCGGGCGUCAGCGAGACCACCACGCCGUUCGGCACCAUCUACGUCUUCCGCGACGACCUCACGGUGCGCGCCGACAGGGCCUCCCCGGUGGCCGGCGUCGCGGAGGGGAGCUCCAUCACCACCACCCUCGACGGGCUGCAGGCCCUGUCGCUGGCCAAGAUCACCGUCGACCACCGCGGCCACCGGGGUUCCGUGUCCGUCCUCGGGGGCACCUACAACACCAAGCCGUCCGACUACCCCGUGGUGGGUGGCACCGGCGACUUCGCCUACGCGCUGGGCUACGUCCGGUCGACGCCGGUGGACCUGCGGGGACGAACGGUGACGUACAAGAUGGAGCUUCACUUGUAUUGGCCGCCGUACGCCCACUACGCUCCUGUUCCACACAAGGCCGUAUAGGUAUCAGUCUAUGGAGUGUAUGGACUAGUAUACGUGAUAUACGCAUCAUCUACACCGUUCUCAAUAAUCUCUGGUCCUGGUGUAUUUUUCUAAGUAUAUUUGUAGGAGUAUACAGUUUUAUAUUAAGGGUCGUUUUGGCAUGUUCAUGUUUUUGGUUGCCCACCAAACGGAUCCUAGCAUUACACGGUGGUGUAUUUUCUUUUCAAUUUUUUUGGAUAAAAUAAAGGAGCGGAAUGCCAGUGUAAGCGUGUGCAUUUUUU